CAUGGCCUACAGCGAGGCGGGUGCGUGCGUGCGUGCGUGCGGAGCGGCGCCGGGCCGGGCGCUGCGCCGCCCCCGCGGAGCAUCCAGCUCGGGUUUCCGAGCAGCCGAGGCCCCUGGCGCUGCAGGAGCGGUGUCAUGACGAGUCGCGCUUCCUUCCGCGCCGGGCGCUUUUCAGACGAGCUAAGACUCCUCGGCAAACUUCUCGUCGUUUGGUUUUCUUCCCCAAACGAGCGAGUGACUAGCAGUGCCUUUCCCGUCAUCCCCUUGUAAAUCCUGGUCUGCAGUGUCAACCUAGUAAUCAAUUUAGGGCAAAUCCGAGGAGGAGACUUGCUGCACGGAUACUCCUUGUACUUGCUACAAUUCCUUUAUUUUUUAGUAAAAGGAACACUUUUCUUGCUCCAGCUGAUUCUUUCCUGUUGUUGUGGGAAAUAGUUUAGAAGUAGAGGGAAUUGCGGCGUUAUGCCGAUCUGUCUGGAAAAGGACAGAGGUACUCGCCUGCCCUAUUCUUGGAGUGUAUUUGAUGGUCUCGGUAGCUAUGUUGCGCUAACUUGAGUUUCAGAAAAGGUUUCCAGAGCCUUGUCUGUGGGCAGUGGGAGAAAAUAAUAUCAGGAUGAGGGAAUAAAACAUUUGAGCCUUUAUUUCUUGUACACCUAUUGAAGUCUAGAUUGAGUGGAGUUAUAAGUAACCAUAUAGUGAUCCUUGCCUGCGCAUCUGCAUCCUCAUCCUCGCUGAGGAGACUAUCUGGUAACAAUUGAGGAGAAAAACAAGGCUACCUCCCUGCGAGCUUAUGUGAACUGGAGAUGCAUGUCAGCUGGGAACUCUCGCGUAUGCGUCCGGAUGGUGGGUCACAAAGUGGAAGAGUCCUACAGUGCACUUUCUAAAGAGCAGAUGUCCAUUGUGGAAAUGCCUCUUUCAGACCCUCCGCUCUGCAUCUCUUGUUGUCCUGUAAAUGGUGAUCUUCUUGUGGGCUGCAAAAAUAAACUGGUGAUGUUCUGUUUGAAAUACCUAGUGAUAAAUCCUGAUUUCAGUGUAUUGGACUUCGAACGCUCCUUAAUUUUGCACAUAGACAAUGUCAUCCCGGCAGAAAUUGCACUUUGUGCCGGGUAUGUAGCCAUAACAACAGAAUUGGAUGUUUUAAUCCUGAAGCUGAAAUCAGUUAAAAAAGGUGCAGAUGAUACUGAACUUUGUGCACACGAGAUCAAUGCACCAGAAAAGCUUGUGAAUGAAGGUAUAAAAGAUGAAGCCCCUUCAGCACUUUCUUCCCAGUUUGAAUCGGAUGACUUUGUCAUCUGUCAGAAGCCUACGGAACUGCUUGGGGAAGAAAGUAAACUGUGUGGGAUAUCUGUCACACUGGAAUCAACAAGGUUAAAUACUGAAGAUGCAGAACACUUCCAAGUGUGUUACAUCCUAUACCGACGGUUUACUCCAGAUUUGUCAUCUUUUGUCUUUUCUGUUGAAGAAACCAAGUUGCAUUCUCUUCAGAUGCUGCCUAUGUACCAAACAGGAAGUUUCACGACGGACAACAGAAAAACUGCAGCCAAGAAAGAAUUGCUGAGUCUCUUCUGUUUUUUCUCUUUGCCUCAUGUUGGGUAUCUCUAUACAAUUGGGAAUUUAGUGGAAUUGCUCUCUACUUACCAGUAUUCAGAGAAAUCUGAGCAGGCAGUUCUAACCCCUCAAUUCCUCCACGUUAUUACAAGUAAUAGCCUGCAGUGUUUCACAGUCCGGUGCAGUGCAGCAGCAGCUCGUGAUGAGGACCCAUACAUUGAUACAACUGUGAAGGCUUGCCCACCUGUGUCUUUGGAUGUGUGUGCAUUAAGAAUGCAGCUUUUUAUAGGGCUGAAAGCCAUUUGUCACUUCAAAAACCAUAUAAUUAUUCUAACUAAGGCAGAUACUGAAGAUAUUACUGAAAGAAGGAGGCCUUCAAGAAGACUCCUUUCGAGAAAAACUGGUAGUGUCACACUCAAGGCACCUUCUGAGUCAGAAUCUGGCUGGAAUUUAUAUAUAGUGAACACUAUUUCAACUAUUCAACUUUACAAAGAAAUGGUAGACUACAGUAGGACAUAUGAAAACUCAAGAACUGAGAGUUGUAUCCAUCUUUUAAGCGAGGCUCAUUUAUUAGUCCGAGCAGCUCUAAUGGAUCCAAGUCUGAUAGAAUCAGAAGAGGAGGAGGAGCUCCUGGCAUCAUUCAAAGAAAGUUGUGCUCUCCUAGGAGACUGUUUUAGCAGGUUUGACACAAAGGAUUACCAUCUAUCCCUGCCUUACUACAAAAUGUCUGAUUUAUCCAUGACUGAAAUUUUGAAGAGAGUGGACUCGGAAGAGGACAGAGCACAAAAAUAUGAAAAAGGAUUUAUUUUUUACUUAAAUCAUUCUCUUUAUGAAGAAUUAAAUGAAGAAUUAAGUAAGGAAUCAGCUGCAAAAGUGCUUCAAAUAUUUCAUCUUGCUGAACCAAAUCAGCUACCUCAUGUCCUCUGUAGUCCUUGCAUGAAGAAUGUAUGUCCAUCAACGGCCAUGGAAUAUCUGCAGAAAGUGGAAAGAAUUGUGCCAACAUUGGUUGUGACGCUAACAAAAGCUGCCAUGGCUCUGAAAAUGGGAGACCUGGAGACAUAUAAACAUGAGAUGGAUCGCUAUACAGAGACCAAGCUGGCUUAUGGCUUUAUUGCGGAACCAAGACUUCUAAGGCAGCAAAGAAGAGGACAAGUUAUUCCAACUGAACUUGCUCUUUACUUGAAGGAGACACAACGUGGAUUGUUGGUAGCUUCAGUGUUGGCUUUAUAUGAGAACAGUAAAAUUGAACUGGAAGAAGCAAACGCUUAUUUCAAGAUGCUGUGUGGUAAGAAUGAUGAUUCUGUCCCUCAGCUCUUAGUAGACUUCUGGGAAGCCCUUGUAGUAUGCUGUCAGGGAGAAGUUCUCCAAGAUCUCUUGCUGAAGCUUAUUUCACAAUAUGUUUGGAGAUUAUCAGGGAUGCAAUAUCCUGAUACCGUGCCAUUGAAAACAGCAGAGGAUCUGAUAAACUCCUGUGAUCACUAUGGGUUAAUUUUCCCUUGGGUGAUAUUUAUGAUGUCACUGGGACCUCAAUCUGAUGAGGUUUAUCCAGAAGAUCUUUCAAAAUUACAGUCUCUUUUAUGUGGUCCAUCAGUUAAUGCAACUUCAGUUCUGCCUUUCUUGGAGCCACUAUUGGAAGACAGUAAUGCUGGCCUCAGUAUACAUGUCCUUUGCACUACACGUAUGGGAGAGUGUGAAAAAUCCAUUGACAAACUACUAGAGAGGUGUCCUGAAGCAGUCAUUUCUUAUGCCCAGCAUGAGCUGAAAGAUGAAAAUCGGGCUCUGUGGUGGACAAAACUGCUUCCUGACCUCUGUAAACGAACCAGAUGUCCUGGAGAGGACUAUUCCAUCCUCGUUUCAGCCCUGAAAGAAACUUUAUCAGUUGUUGCCACGGAAUUGGAAUUAAAGGAUUUCCUUAAUGUUCUACCAGAGGAUGGGACUGCAGCUUUUUUCGUGCCUCAUCUUCUUCAGUGCAGCCAAAGAAAACUGGUAACCUAGAGGCAACUAGAAGCUUUGCUACACUUAAAUACCAGGAGAGCAACAGAGUAAAUAUGCAAAAACCUGCAAGUGGAACUAUCCAGAAAAAUAUUUUAGAUUCAACCUAGCUGCAAACAUCUAAAGUAGUGGUAGAAAUAUAACAUAAGGCUACAAUGUACUGAUAAUGAUGCGGUUACAAUCAAAACUCAAGACAGCAUCAGUUUUGUAGAUGAAGAAAGACAUUUCCAAUACUAAAACUUCAUUGAUGUCCGCAAACCUGUCUAUUAAGUAGAACUAAAUGUUGUGUUGACAUGUGAAAGCAUGAACAAUUAUUUGGGCAAAUAUCAGAUACAGCUUGGACACUUUAAGGGGCAAGUUAUUUAUGGCCAAAGUGGUAAGAGAAAUGUUAUACUCACUAUCAGAGUUGCAAAACUCUGUAGUGUUCAUGUAAAAAUGAAGAAGAAUACAGCUGUUAGUCAUGGCUUUACCUAAUUAGACCCCAGUCACAAAGCAGUUAAACUUAUGAACGUGUAUAAGCAUGGAAGCAGUUCCUUGACUUGCUCUUCUGACUAGAAUCCUGUGGAAGGUCUUGUGUUUAGAAAUAUGUGUAUUCUUGUGUAGUGUCAUUUAAAUUUGAUUUGGAAAAACAAGUUGUGUUGAAUGCAUUGAUAGUUGAGGACUGUAUUCAGCAACUGCAUAGAAAACGUCAAGAGAAGUAUUUUAAGUGGAGAUGAGAAACAUGCACUCUUCUGGCUUGUUUAAUAUUUCCCACUUUCCCUUUCAUCCUUUACAUUUGGUCUAUAAUGGACAACAAACAUCUUUUAAAAGACAAGAACUAGUUUCCUACUACUUUCAAUCUCCAUCACCAACCCAGCUGCUCAGCACAUCACCUUUUGUGUUUUAUAAAUAGAAAAUAUCCUGUGAUUCCUUCAACUGAGUUCUGGCUGAAGUAAAUACAAUUAUAUUAGCUGGUUACAAUUCAACUGGAAUAACUCACUUUUUUAUGUAUAAACUAUUUUCUAAAGGUUUUCUGUGGUGACUAGAAGUGUGCUAUGUACACAGUAGUAUUCAAACUAUGAACACUUAAGCUAUGAACUAACUAUAAUCUGUAAACCACAAUAAAAAUGACUAUUUGAAUACCUAAAUAAAGUGGUUCUCAAGAAGGGGGUUGGGGCCAGGAGAUCAUUUGAUGGGUGCCAUGAGGUGGGAAGAGAUAAGCAGUUGUGAAGAAGUAUGUGCAGCCUCAGGCCAAGCCCCUCUUUCUGGCCUGUGCUUUUAUCUGAGUAAUGGAAGUGUCAAUGAGGUUGGGUAGCUGGGUCUGAUCAAAAUCCAUUUUGUUGGUUUUAGUCUUUUAUUUGUGGAGGGCAAGAUUCUUCAGGUAUAUCAAAUAAGGAUAUUGUAUCAGCCAGCCCACUUGGUGGCUCCAGGCCUGGGCAUCAGGCUAAGAAGCCAAAGGCCUUGAGUUCAAGUUGCUUGCAGUCUCUGUUGACUAGCCAAGGGGUCCUUGGCUGCAGCCAAAAUUCCCUUUUCCCCCAGUUUUGGGCUGCUGUGGUCCCUUGAGCCACACCACAUGGGGAGUCCAAGAGAAAGCAACCUCACCAGCCUGCUGCGUGGCUUCAGGGUGGGGUAUUGGGCUGGAUUCAAGGCUUGCUGUGGCCUCUUGGCUGGGCCAAAGUCCCUUCUUGGGUGCAACUAACUUUUUUUUUUUCUCCUUUCUUGCCAUUUUGGGCUGCUGCUCAAUUCCAAAAGUUGUGGAGGGGGUCCCUGGAAUCUGAAAAGGUUGAGAACCUCUGGUCUAAAUGAAGGGUUAUGGAACCGUGGAAUCCAUAGUUAAUCCAGAAGUAUUAGAAUCCAGUUAAUCUAAUGGAUUCCAGUUAAUCCAUUAGAAUCCAGUUAAUCUCACAGAAGUAUUGGUGUUGCCUAGAACCCAAACUUCAAUUGAAUAAACUUAUGUAUUUGGAAUCUGGGAAAUACCUUUCAA